AUGGCGUCGUCGUCAAACAUCGACAGGGCUCUGAGCAGCGCCAGCACAACGACUGUUUCCCUCGGUGACGUCGAGGCGGGAGUCUCGGGAGCCAACAUUCGGAUCCGGAGAGGAAAGGCCCAUCCAGUAGACGAGAGCGACCCGGGCCGCGACGAGAACCAAGCCGUGAACCAAGAACACCGCGCCCUACGCCAGCAAGUCGCACGCCACCUCCUGGUGCUCAACGCGCUCACCAGCCUCGCCCUGGGCGACGGCGGCGACACGGCAGCCUGCAGCGACAAGUUUGCUGAGUAUCUCACCCCGGCCGAGAGGGACUUGAACAUGGACCGCCGCAGCAUCUACCGCCACGACCGGAGACUGGGGAGCGAGUACGUGGCCGGUCUCCGGGACUGGCAGGUGCACGAAUGCAUCGUCAACCUCGGCCCCAGCGACUACUACCCGGACCUGCUCAACAUCCGGGUCAAGCUGUACCGCGCAGCCAAGGAGCACGCCGCGCUCGUGGCCCGCUGCAACCACGUCGACCUGCCCGUGCGGCCCAAGCGCUUCGCCGGCUGCCAUAACUACCAAGACUACCUCGAGGCCGCGGUGCAUGACGACCAGACGCAGCGCAACCGCCUCAACAACGUGCUCAAACGCGCGAGGCUGCUUAUGGCCGCCAUCAAGUCGGCCGCCGACGCCGGCAGCCUCAACGAGCCUGCGCUGGCCGCUCUCAGAGUCAAGAUCGACGCCCUGCAGAGCUACUACCCCGACGCCUACAGCGCGAUGCACGGCAGCCCGCAGGACCUGUUCGACGCCGAAGCGGAGCGGUGGUGGGACACGUCGGGUUCCCAGCCCCCUGCCCGGCCGCCACCGCCGCCGCUUGAAGAACAGAUACACUACGCGCCGCAGAACCGCGCGCUCGUCAACUUCGCCGUGCCGAGCGUGACGGUGCUUGCCUGCAUCCCCGCCUUCAUGGGCUGGUGGCUCAGCCCCGGCCCGGGCGAGCCAGGGCGCUACGACGAUGCCGAGUUUUGGCAGCUGGUGGCUGGCGGCGCCAUGCAGCUCCUGGGCCUGUUCACGAUGCUCUGGCCUGAUGUGAUGGCGGGUGGCGGCGGUGAGCCGCGCAGGUGGACGUGGAUUCUUGCUGUGGCGAGUGCGCUGAGCGUGGUGGGGAGCAUGUUGCUGUAUCUGCUUGUGUCGCCGGGGUGGAGUUCGUUGGUGUCGUUCCUUGGCUCUGCCGCGCAGGUGUUCAUUCUGUUGCAGCUGGUUAAUAGAGGGCGUCUGCUCUAA